AUGCUUGCCGUCGGCGCAAGAAAAAGACAGCGCUACACGUUCAAAGACGAGAGCCAGCGGUUGAAAGACUACUACCGCGCAGCACUCCCCACCUCAAGCACGAGCGCAGUAGUAGCCUUCGCUGUAGACCCUGGACAGCGCUUAAACAAUAGCUUGACGACCUUGACAGGGGCUUUCAUUGGUACCGUGUCCCCCACUAUCGAUGUCAGCUACCAGCUGGCUGGAAACUUUGGGGGCUUCCUGAAUGAAGUGCCUAAGCGGCUAGGGAGGAAUGAGGCGCUGGAUGCCGCUGCAGAGGCCCUCGUGGCGGGGUACAAGAGAUACCGUAGCGGUUUUCGUGAGCCCAAUGCCGAUCUUCUGAUCAAGCAUUCGCGAGCCUUGACUGCUUUGCACCGAUGUAUCGAUGUCCCUGCCAAAGCGAAGACCCCGGAGACGCUAUGUGCGGUCAUGAUGCUGCCCAUCUGCGAGCUUUUUAUGGGCGCCAAUAAGGCCCCUGCCAUGCAUUAUCGAGGCGCCAUUCAGUUCCUCAAUGAUCGCAGGUCUCAAAAUCCGAGUGACGACCUCGAGCGCGUGGUCUUGUCCGCGCUGAGAGGUCCAGCCCUCGUCGAAGCCCUAGUUGGCUCGGAUAUGCGCCAUAAUCGCCGAGAAUGGAAGAGCCUCGUUAUUACGGGCGUCUCAAAUGGCCCAACAGAUACCGCUCUCAUGAACCAGCUCGCCCGCCUGACACACGUGGUCUCCUCGUGCCGCGAAGUUCUCCGUCCGGAGAGCCAAAAACCCAGUCCAAACCCCCAUGAGGUCCUUCUGGAGCUCUACUGCGUCCAAAGUACUUUCAUCCCCAUCCUCAACGACCUGCGCAAUCGCUGGCAACAACGAAAUAAGUCGCGAACAUCUGCCGAUGGUGCACAACUCACUCUAGAGGCCCGACGCUCGCACUGCUACGCUCUCCGAACCCUUGCCUCCGCGCUCUCACUCAACCUCAUCCUCAACAAUCAACAAACCCUGCUCCAAGGUCCAUCGGCCGCCGUCAAGCAGCACUCAGCACAGCUGGCAAGCGAAAUUUUGGAAUUAGCGGAGCAAGCGGACAUUUAUCGGCCCCUGGGAAGUUUGGCCAUGUGCCUCUUCCUAAACGCUGCGUCGGUUGGCGCGGGAGAUCAAGAAACUAGAGAGAGGAUCCUAAGAAAGGAGACGGAGCUUUGUAAAGAUGUGUGGGGUGAAGAUGUGAUGUUUGAGGUUUUGACGGGAAAUAUGAGUUACGGGACAAAGACGGGACAGAGAGGAGACCCAUCGGGUCAUUGGUCGAGAUAG